AAUAAAUUGAAUUAAAUUGAAUAUUCAAACACCUAUGGACACAUUGUCUUCACAGCCUUUUGAAGCAAUACUUAUUGUAUUGCUUUAUUAAGUAAUACCGUGGUCUGCGGGUGAUGAAACAGAGAGAGAAAGGGAGAAGAAGAAAAAAAGUCCAGAGCUCCAGAAACCGAAAGUACAUGAGCAAUACAGUAUAUAUAUAAACUGUACAUCUGCCUCAGUGGAUUAUGUUGGAAUCUGAGCUCAGAGUGACCUUUUCUGCUCCUCCAAGAUGACUGUGUGGUGGCCGGCUGUCGCCCUCCUUGGCUGCGUGCUGAGCGCCGCGCACUCCCUCGCACCAUCGCCGAGCGACAGAUACGAGAAGUCCUUCCGUCUGACGAGGACCACGCGAGCCCACGUUCAACAGCUGCUGAAAAAAUAUAAGGAGCAGCACUUGGGGAAUAUGCACUUUGAGGACAGAAGCCAGCAGCUGAAGUCCCUGCCGUCACUCUCUACAGACUUUUACAGCUGGUUAAACCUGACGGACUGGGAGCGCCUACACGCUGCCUUUUGGGACAUGCAGAUCUACUGGAAUAUGCUCGACUGGAAGAGGAAACAGCUGGAGAAGGAGGACAGAGAUCACAAGGAGGUGCGGUGGUCUAUCAGUCACAUCCAGUGGGACCUGAGGGACCUCAUGAAUCAAGUCAAGAGUCAGAUGAAUUACAUGAGGCGCUCUUGGUCGAAGGCCACCUCUCCUACAGUGCACCCUCCCCUCAACACAGAAGCCAGCUCAAAAACAGCGUGGGACAGCCGAGUGGAGGGUUACAUCAUUCUGAGGGAUCUAGACCUUUACUUAACCAAGCUGGCAAGAGACUUCCUCCUACUGGCUUCCAAAACACGCUCAUGACUCAAGAGCAGAGAGCUGCGCGGAGACCCCGAUAGCAACACUUGCCAAAAGAAAAAGGGAAGUAAAACCUAAAUUGAGCCGAGAGAAAAUGGUAAAAAUAGUUCAUUUUGAAAAGAUUGCAACAUUCUACUGCUGUCAACACUCAAUGAAGCUGAUCUCCGUGAGCCUGUUUUGUUAUUACUGUAUAUUUAAGGGGUUUCUUGGGUAUUUCCCACAGUUUCUGUCUGAGCU